AUGGUCCUUCUUCACGUCAAAGGCAAAGCGGAGGACCAGCAGUUCCUGUACGAGACCACGGUCGCGAUCGGCGUCGGCGACCUCGUCCGCGAGCUCGUGGAGAUUCACAACCUUCGGCUGCGCCUGCAACGACUGAAGAUGGACGGCGACGACCUCGCGGCGCACGGGCCGUGCAAACCCCCGGACAAGCAAGGCCUAGACGAGGACAUCCAGGCCGAGGCGGACGGCGUGACGCUCCCGCCGCGAGGGCCGACGUACCGCAAGGACCCCACGGGGAAGCGCGACGGGUGCGCGCCGGUGGAGUCCGCGGCGACGACGCUUCGAAAGGCGCUCGACGACGCCGCGACCGCGGCGUCCAAGCGGCAGGUGGAGAUGAAGAAAGCGCUGACGAAGAGAGAGCUCAUGGAGCACUUAGACCUCGUGCGCGGCGCGGUGAUGAUCGCGUACCCGAUGGGGCUUCCGGAGUGGGACCCGGUGCGGAUGGACCUGGAGGAGGACGAGAAGCCGUCGGACACGCCGGUGGGGGCGGACAUCCUGGACGCACAGACCGCGCAGCUGUGGUGGGCGGGGAAGCAGAUGAUCCCGGAGAAUAAGCUGAGCGAUCACGUCGGGCGGAACGAGAAGACGAAGAUCGUGGCGAAGCUGCAGAAGAAGGGCGGCGGCGCGCCGCAGCGGGAGGCGCCGAUAUCCCCGGAGGAGCACAAGGCGAUGAUGGCGUACUAUCACAAGCGUCAGGCGCGUUCUAUCUCACACUGGUCCCCAUACGACCGCGAGGAGAUGAAAGCGUUGGAGAGCAACGACGACGACGACUACACGAACAGCGCGUGGGCGAACGGCAACGCGCUGAAGAACCACUUCAGCGGCGUCGGGAACGUGAGCAUCACGGGGUUGGGCGGCCGGCGAGGGUUCAACUGA